UUUUCUCUCAAAUUUCGACGAGAUUUUCAUUCUGUCUUCCAUCACAAAUGAAACUUACAAAUAUAUUUUUUGUUUGAUGUUGAUUUUCUUGAAAAACGAACGCACCCUCGUGUAAUUUGACGGUUGAACGACUGUCAACAAAUGUGUUCUGUCACAUGAAAACAAAUUAAAUUCAAUUCAUUUUGCUUAUCGGACAAUUUGAUGAAUGAAAAUGCUUCCGUUUUCGGUAAAAAUGAAAUGAAACCGAAGAUUAUAUCAAGAGGAGGGUCCAAAGACGGUGCAUCAAAAUGCGGAUAUGCAUGGCUUCGGAUUUCUUCUAUCCCAACAUGGGAGGUGUGGAGGCGCAUAUAUUCAAUCUAUCACAAUGUCUUGUAAAAAACGGCCACAAAGUUAUUCUGAUCACUCAUUCGUAUGGCGAUAGAAAGGGAAUUCGAUACAUGAGCAGUGGUGUUAAAGUUUACUAUUUACCCAUUCGCACAUUUUAUAAUCAAUGCAUUUUACCAACAAUGAUGUGCAACAUUCCAUUGCUACGAUAUAUUUUAAUUCGCGAACAAAUCGAAAUUGUUCAUGGUCAUUCAGCAUUCAGUGCGCUUGCACAUGAGGUUAUGUUUGUGGGAAAGCUGAUGGGAUUGAGAAUGGUGUUCACCGAUCACAGUCUCUUUGGUUUUGCUGAUUUAUCGGCUGUCGUUACGAAUAAAUUACUGGAAAUUACAUUGUCUACCGUCAACCAUUGUAUCUGUGUUUCGCAUACGGGUAAAGAGAAUACAGUGCUCCGAGCCAAAGUUCGAAAGGAAAAGGUCUCCGUAAUUCCAAAUGCCGUUGAUACAGCAUUCUUUACACCAAAACCAAUAAAAAGACCAAGUGAUAUCGAUCAAAUUACCAUAAUAAUAGUUUCACGUCUUGUAUAUAGAAAAGGUGUUGAUUUAAUGGCCGGUGUCAUAUCAAAAUUAGCAAAUCAGAAAAAUAUAAAUUUCAUUAUCGCCGGAGACGGUCCAAAACGAACGUUAUUAGAAGAAGUUCGUGAAAAGUACAAUAUUCAAGAUCGAGUGACUUUGCUUGGUGCUUUGGAACAUUCUAAGAUUCGUGAAGUUCUUCGAAGUGGUCAUAUUUUUUUGAACACAUCAUUAACCGAGGCAUAUUGUAUGAGUAUUGUUGAAGCAGCAUCAUGCGGUCUUCAGGUUGUGUCGACAUGUGUCGGCGGCGUGCCAGAAGUGCUUCCACCCCAUUUAAUUCAUCUUACCGAGGCCACAAUCGAUUCAUUGUACGAUGGUUUAUUGCAAGCCAUUCAAAAGUUACAAAAUGAAAGGAAAACACUUGAUGCACACCAUAUGAAUGGGUCAACAAAUGAUAAUAGCUUGAAUCAUAUGAACAACGGUUUGUCAAAGACAGACAAAAAAAGAACAAAGGUUCUUUGUCCAUACGAAUGUAAUGAGACCCUGCGAAAAUUGUACAACUGGAAUGAUAUAAGCGAGCGCACCGAGCGAGUCUAUAAACGAGUUUCAAAAGAGAAAGAUUUACCAUUUGGCGAAAAACUAAAUUGUUAUUUAAGUGCAUGUAUUCCGUUUGUUCUAGUCGUCUCAUUUUCGUAUUUGUUUUUAAAGUUUUUAGAUCUAAUUGAACCGAGACAAAACAUAGACUUAGUCAUUGAAUCAAAGUAUUAUGCAAGUCGCCAACAACGUAAAAGAAAAAAACGUGUAUAAAUUUCCAGAUUGUUUGUAACUUUGUGAUGGAAAUUUGUUUUUUUUUUUUUUUUAAAUUUGUAAAUUAAAAAAAACAAGC